AUGGUGGACCAGCUCCAAGGAACAUGGAAAUCUAUUUCUUGUGAAAAUUUUGAAAAUUAUAUGAAGGAGCUGGGAAUAAGAAAAGCCAGCAGGAAAUUAGGCUGCCUGGCAAAACCCACUGUGACCAUCAGUGCUGAUGGAGAUAUAAUCACCAUAAAGACUAGAAGCAUCUUUAAAAACACUGAAAUCUCUUUUAAACUGGGAGAAGAAUUUGAAGAAACUACACCUCCUGGCCAUAAAACUAAGAGUACAGUAACCUUAGAUAAUGACACUCUGGUUCAAGUUCAGGACUGGGGUGACAAGAAAAUAACUAUACGGCGAAAGCUGGUAGAUGGGCAGAUGGUAGUGGAAAGCUCGGUGAAUAAUGUCAUCUGCACACGAAUAUAUGAGAGAAUAUAA